AAGUGUUGGAUCAUCCAAAGAUGCCGGGUGGAAGUGGAGCGGGAAAGAACAGGAAGACGUCAAUGGCGACAACACUCGUUUCCUUCGUAGCCUUAUUCAUCGCCCAUAUUUCUUACUCUUCUGCUUAUCUCAACUCCGGUCUUCUUCAACACUCUUCAGCACCCAAUAAUUUCUUGACCAAAGAAGAGCACUGGUUCAAUCAAACUCUCGAUCAUUUCUCUCCUUACGACCAUCGCAAGUUUCAACAAAGAUACUAUGAGUUUUUAGACUACUUCCGUUCCCCUAAUGGACCCAUCUUUUUAAAAAUUUGUGGUGAAUCAUCAUGCAAUGGAAUAUCCAAUGACUAUUUAAGUGUUUUAGCCAAGAAGUUUGGAGCUGCUAUUGUAUCCCCUGAGCAUCGGUAUUAUGGAAGGAGUUCCCCCUUUAAAUCACACACAACGGAAAAUCUUAAAUAUCUUUCUUCCAAGCAGGCACUUUUUGACUUGGCUACAUUUCGCCAGUUUUAUCAGGACUCUCUAAACCAGAAGCUCAAUAGAUCAAAAGAUAUCGAAAAUCCGUGGUUUGUGAUAGGAGUAUCAUACCCUGGGGCUCUUAGUGCUUGGUUCCGCCUUAAGUUUCCACAUUUGACUUGUGGAAGUCUUGCGAGUUCUGCUGUAGUUCUUGCAGUUUACAAUUUUACCGAGUUUGAUCAACAGAUAGGUGUCUCGGCUGGCCCUGAAUGCAAAGCUGUGUUGCAAGAAGUUACCGAACUUGUUGAGAAACAAUUAACUUUGGACAGGAACGCAUUGAAGUCAUUGUUUGGUGCGUCUGAGCUGACUAUUGAUGGGGACUUCCUGUAUUUUUUGGCUGAUGCUGCUGUUAUAGCCAUUCAGUAUGGAAAUCCAGAUAAGUUGUGCUCUCCCCUUGUUGAAGCGAAGAAUGCAGGUCGAGACGUGGUGGAACCUUAUGCAUCAUAUGUGAAAGACUUCUUUAUAGGAAGCACUGGUUUCAAAGUUGAAACAUAUAAUCAGAAUUACUUGAAGAACACCACUUCUGGUAGUUCUGAUAGAUUGUGGUGGUUCCAAGUUUGUAGUGAAGUUGCAUAUUUCCAGGUGGCACCUGCAAAUGAUAGCAUUCGAUCAUCUCAAGUUAACACCAAAUACCAUUUGGACCUUUGUAAGAAUGUUUUUGGUGACAGCGUAUACCCUAAAGUUGAUGUGACUAAUGUGUACUAUGGAGGGACAAAGAUAGCUGGUAGCAAGAUCGUAUUUACAAAUGGCUCACAAGAUCCUUGGCGACAUGCAUCUAAACAAACUUCGUCUCCUGACAUGCCAUCUCUUGUCGUGACUUGUUACAAUUGUGGCCACGGCACGGACUUACGGGGCUGCCCUCAAUCACCAUUAAGUAUUGAAGGUGAUGACACGAGAUGCGAAUCACCAGAUGCUGUGAACAAAGUGAGACAACAGGUUACAGAAUACAUAGAUCUUUGGUUGUCUGAGUGCCAAAGUGAUGCUCGCAGUUGGAGUUCUGUUUGAUGCGCCAAUGCUUUAAUACAUAUACAAUGCAGAUCCGUCAAAUGCAAUUUGUACAAGAUAAUGCCAUGCUCAUCCAUAAUAAGAUACUAAUGGGAGGAAAAUAGUGUUUUGUAAAUUCUUGAAAUGAUCAUGAUGUUGUUAUGUUCCCAGCCACAAGGCUUCCACCAUAGAAUUCCUCCCAGCCAUUUCCAUUGUGCCCCAAUCAUAACAAUUUCUUCUACAUUCUUGUAUAGUUUGGUAUCUUUUGUAUCAUGGCUUGAUCUGCACAUUAGUGGCCAUAUGUACCACACCUUUAACUUUUUAAUAAAGUUAUAUUACUCUA